AUGAGUUCCGAAGGCGAGCAGCAGACUCGCGACAUCAAGAACCACCUUCUCUUUGAGAUUGCUACUGAGGUAGCUCAUCGAGUUGGUGGUAUCUACUCUGUCAUCAAGUCCAAGGCGCCCGUCACAACAGCUGAAUAUGGCGAGCGAUACACUCUCAUCGGCCCUCUUAACCACCAAUCGGCUGCUGUCGAGGUGGAAGAGAUGGAGCCCACCAGCCCAGAGAUCGCUGUCACCAUGCAGUCCAUGAAGGACCGGGGAAUUGGCAUCAUCUACGGCCGCUGGCUGAUCGAGGGCGCACCUAGGGUUAUCCUCAUCGAUACCAAGACCGCCUAUAACCGGAUGAAUGAGUGGAAGUCGGAUCUGUGGGAACUGGCCGGUAUCCCUUCGCCACCCAACGACGACGAGACCAACGAGGCUAUCGUUUUCGGCUAUCUUGUCGCCUGGUUCCUGGGAGAGUUUGUCUGUCACGAGAGGAAGAAGGCUGUCAUUGCUCACUUCCACGAGUGGCUUGCUGGUGUCGCCCUGCCCCUCUGCAAGAAGCGCCGCAUUGAUGUCACGACCAUCUUCACCACACACGCCACCCUUCUCGGCCGAUACCUCUGCGCCGGCUCCGUGGACUUUUACAACAACCUGCAGUACUUUGACGUCGACGCCGAGGCCGGCAAGCGUGGCAUCUACCACCGAUACUGCAUUGAGAGAGCUGCCACUCACGCCUGCGAUGUCUUCACCACCGUCUCUCACAUCACUGCCUUCGAGUCUGAGCACUUGCUGAAGCGAAAGCCUGAUGGCGUUCUGCCCAACGGUCUCAACGUCACCAAGUUCUCUGCCGUCCACGAAUUUCAGAACCUCCACCAGCAGGCCAAGGAGAAGAUCCACGACUUUGUCCGAGGUCACUUCUACGGCCACUAUGACUUUGACCCCGACAACACUCUGUACCUCUUCACUGCAGGCCGUUACGAGUUCCGGAAUAAGGGCGUUGACAUGUUCAUCGAGUCUCUGGCACGGCUGAACCACCGACUCAAGGCCGCAGGAAGUAAGGUGACCGUGGUGGCCUUCAUUAUCAUGCCCGCCCAGACCACGUCUCUCACCGUGGAAGCGCUCAAGGGGCAGGCAGUCAUCAAGUCCCUGAGGGAUACAACGCAUGUCAUUGAGCAGAGCAUUGGACGCCGCAUCUUUGAGCGCUCGCUCAAGUGGCACGAGGGCGACCCCAUGCCUGAUGAGAAGGAGCUCAUUUCUGCCCAGGAUCGAGUCCUGCUUCGCCGCCGUCUCUUUGCCAUGAAGCGCCACGGACUUCCUCCUAUCGUCACCCAUAACAUGGUCAACGAUCACGAGGAUCCCGUCCUGAACCAGAUCCGACGAGUCCAACUCUUCAACCACCCUUCGGAUCGAGUCAAGGUGGUGUUCCACCCCGAGUUCCUCAACUCGGCCAACCCAGUCCUUCCUCUCGACUACGACGACUUUGUGCGCGGUUGCCAUCUGGGUGUCUUCUCGUCCUACUACGAGCCCUGGGGUUACACUCCUGCCGAGUGCACUGUGAUGGGUGUUCCCAGCAUCACCACCAACCUGUCAGGUUUCGGAUGUUACAUGGAGGAGCUUAUUGAGAACUCCAGCGACUACGGUAUCUACAUUGUUGACCGUCGUACCAAGGGCGUCGACGACUCUGUCAACCAGCUCACCUCGUUCAUGUUCGACUUCUGCGGCAAGAGCCGUCGUCAGCGCAUCAACCAGCGAAACCGAACCGAGCGACUCAGCGACCUUCUCGACUGGAAGCGAAUGGGUAUGGAGUAUGUCAAGGCUCGGCAGCUGGCUCUCCGCCGUGCCUACCCCAACUCGUUCAGCGGCGACGAGGAGGAGGACUUCAUCCCUGGCGUGGAGCAGAAGAUUUCGCGGCCAUUCUCUGUUCCCGGUUCGCCUCGGGAUCGGACUGGCAUGAUGACUCCUGGUGACUUUGCGAGCCUGCAGGAGGGCCGUGAGGGCCUGAGCACCGAAGACUAUGUUGCCUGGAAGCUACCUGAGGAGGAGGACCCUGAGGAGUAUCCCUUCCCUUUGACUCUCAGGACCAAGCAACCCGGCCCCCCUAGUCCUCUGGAAGGUGCAAGCGCCCCCGUGAACGGUAGCCAGUAG